CUCGCCGGCCGCACCUCCGGAGAACCUCUCGUCGCGCUCAAUAUGAUGCCUUCGCGCAGAGUGCUCCUGCUGGCGGUCGUGUGUGUGUGCGUUGGUGUGUGGGAAAGCAUAUCCACACGCACGCCUCCGCCCUUGAUCGUUAUCCUCCUGGAUGGAGUGAGGUGGGACUACGUGAGCAUCCACCGGGGCGACGGCCUCCCCGGCUUCGAGAGGUUCUUCAGCCAGGGAGCCGCCGCGGAAUACGUCAACCCUGUCUUCCCCACCAACUCGUUCCCCAACUGGCACACGAUCGUCACUGGUCUUUACCCGGAGAGCCACGGGAUCAUUGGGAAUUACAUCUACGACCUGGAGGCGUCGAAGGUCUUUUCCUUAUACGACCUCGAGGGCGUGAAGGACCCCGCCUGGUGGAGCGACGCCGAGCCCUUCUGGAUCACGGCGACGAAGAGCAGCCUCCAGACCGCCCUCUUCCAAUGGUCCAGGUGCGACGUCCCUUGGGAUGGCGACGUCCUACCAAGGCACUGCGACCCCUUCAGGUUUACUGCCCCCAACACAGACAACAUGGUCCGGAACUUCCGCCAGGCAGUGGACAUGAUCCAGAACCAGGGCUAUUCGCUCGCGAUGGUCUACGACGGCAUCAUAGACACCCAGGGCCACUACUUCGGUCCUGUGUCGUCGGAGGUCGCCGCUGCAGUCAGGGCAACGGACACCGCUCUACUGCAACUCUGGAAGGACCUUUCCGAUCGAAACAUGAUUGACAAAAGGCUGAACACGCACACGGGACCCAGCCGCACACAGUUCAAACAAAACAAGGACAAUUCCAGGUUAACGUGGUGUUAGUCAGCGAUCACGGAAUGGCUUGGACGGGGCAGCAAAGGGUACAAGAGCUGGAUGUGAUGACCUGUCCUGGAUGAGUCUCAGGUGGAGAGAGUGGUUGAGUAUGGGGGCUACAUCAGCAUCCAACCACGAG